AAAAAAACCAGAUCAGCAUACACACGGUCUGAUAAUUUUUAUGCAUACACGAAAGCAAAACCAUUGCCCUUUAUUUUGUUUUUUUUCAAACGCCCCCUUUCUUCUUACUUUCAUGCCAUCCUCUGCUCUCACUUCAAUAUCCACCUUUUCUUGUCUUUCCCUCACAUUAAGUCAUUAACCGUACCUCACUCACUAUCUCUAACUCUCAGACUGGCCACGCGCACUCUCUCUGAAUUCGGAAUAUGGAAUCCAUUGGCGAGGGUGAGGCCACAAAACUUGAUUUGCUUCAAAUCUGAAUCUCAUCAAUGAUUCAGGAGCACAUAUAACCAGACCGACACUUCUUGAUUCCAAUAUGUUGCCCUACGGAACAUCCACGUCAGCAGGGAGCAGCAGCUCAUCCUCCUCCACAACCAAGCCGCCUGAUAUCGAUGGACUACUUGCCGGCGCCGGGUACAAGGUCCGCUCAAUGGAGCUCCGACAAGUAGCUCAGCGCAUGGAGCGCCUCGAAACUGCUAUGGUUAACUCCCCUGCGGAACUUUCCCUUCUCGCGUCUGAAGCCGUCCUUUACAACCCUUCAGACCUUGCCUCCUGGGUUGACUCGCUGCUCUCCGAGUUCAACCAACAACAGCCUCCGCUCUCCCUCCCCUCCGAUCUCCCUGAUCUUCCCGAUCUCAUUCACAAUCAAACCCCUAUAAGUACCCCCUGGGCCUAUGACAGCGCCAGUCACCAGCAAUUGACGGUUAUUACCACCGUGGAGGAGGACUCUGGCAUUAGGCUGGUCCACACGUUGAUGACUUGUGCGGAAUCGGUGCAGCGUGGUGAGCUAGCAUUGGCAAGAUCCUUAAUCGAGGAUAUGCAGGGCUUGCUUAGGCGCGUCAACACCGGCUGCGGCAUCGGGAAGGUCGCCGGCUACUUCAUCGACGCUCUGAGACGCCGAAUUUUCGCUCAGGUGAGCUGUUCCGUAGGUGGGGAGUCCCCUUAUGAAAACGAGAUCCUGUACCAUCAUUUCUACGAGGUAUGCCCUUACCUGAAAUUCGCGCACUUCACCGCAAAUCAGGCUAUUCUGGAGGCUUUUGACGGUCACGAAUGCGUCCACGUAGUCGAUUUCAAUUUGAUGCAUGGAUUACAAUGGCCGGCAUUGAUACAGGCCCUUGCUCUUCGUCCCGGUGGGCCUCCCUUGCUCCGUCUAACCGGCAUUGGCCCACCCUCACCGGAUGGGCGCGACUCCCUCCGUGAAAUCGGGUUAAAACUGGCCGAAUUGGCCCGUUCGGUCAACGUUCGAUUUGCCUUCCGUGGCGUUGCUGCUUCAAGGUUGGAGGACGUCAAGCCGUGGAUGCUCCAGAUUAGUCCUAAAGAAGCCGUGGCGGUGAACUCAGUAAUGCAGCUUCACAAAUUGCUCGGGUCCGACCUGAGCCGAAAUUCCCCUGUGGAUGUGGUUCUGGACUGGAUCCGGAACCUGAAUCCAAAUAUCGUGACUGUCGUGGAGCAAGAAGCGAACCAUAACCAACCCGGGUUCAUGGAGCGGUUCACAGAGGCUCUGUAUUACUACUCCUCAAUUUUUGACUCGCUGGAAUCGUGUAGGAUUCAGCCGGCGAAGGCCUUGGCGGAAAUGUACAUACAGAGAGAGAUAUGCAAUGUGGUGUGCUGCGAGGGAUCUUCUAGGGUGGAGAGGCACGAGCCCCUGGCUAAGUGGAGGGCGCGGCUCGGAGGAGCCGGGUUGAGACCAUUGCAUUUAGGGUCCAAUGCUUUCAAGCAAGCCAGUAUGCUACUGACCUUGUUCUCUGCUGAAGGAUACUCAGUAGAGGAGAUGGAGGGGUGCUUAACCCUCGGCUGGCAUAGUCGGCCUCUCAUUUCGGCUUCGGCUUGGCAAGCCACUCCUGAUACGAGCAAUAAUGACAUUAACAAUAAUACGUAGUAACAAUAAUGCUAUGUAAAUUUGUGUUGG